AUGACGCUCUCCAAAUCCCCCCCCACCCCCCCACCCCCACCAACCCUCACCCUCACCACCCUCCCCCCCCUCAUCUGGCACUUCACCGAAAGCAACUUCCCCACCCCUAACCCACGCCCACACCCACACCCACAUCCACCUCCUCCACCGCGCCCCCCCACAAUCCUCUUCAACUGGGCCACGGUCCUAAUCUUCGAUCUCAGCAACCAACGCCUCCCCGAAUCCAUCCAAGAAGACCACCUCAACAAGCCGUGGCGCCCCCUCCCAUCCAACCGCAUCACCGCCACCCAGACCCGCCGCCUGCUGCUAGGCGCCAUCCCCGCCGUGCUCGCCCUGAACUACCACCUGGGCGUGUGGCAGGAAACAGCCCUGAUCAUGCUCAUCACCUGGCUGUACAACGACCUCCGGGCGGGUGAUGAGAUUAUUCGUGAUGCGGUGAUUGCGGUCGCGUACGGACUUUUUAACGUGGCUUCGUUGCGGAUUGCGUGUUUCGAUGGGAGUGGGGGGCGUGGGUCUGGAAGCAGGGGAAGCACCACCUUACCCAGCAUGACGAUGACAACAAUGGAAGACAUCCACCCCACCCCCACCGGCUACAUCUGGAGCGCCCUGAUCAGCGGGGUGAUUCUCACGACGAUGCAGAUCCAGGAUCUGAAGGACCAGGCGGGCGAUCGGAGUCGCGGGCGGCGCACCCUGCCGAUUGUGCUGGGGGAGCGGUGCUCGCGCGCGCUCGUGGCGGGGUUCGUGGGGGUGUGGAGCGUGGCUUGUGUUUGGUUUUGGAGUGGUGGGUGGCAUAGGGAAAUAUCGGGCUGGCUAUAG